CUGCCCGCCGCACCCCGCCCGCGCCGGGAUGGGGCAGGGGCAGCGCCACGGAGCCGGGCGAAGGGCCGCCCUCUGGGCACCGAGCAGCCCCCCUGAGGCCUGACCGACCGCGAGGACCCGCGGAGGAGCCCCGCCUGGAUGUCAAGCGGAUGCCCCAGUGCCUCCCAGCGGACUCGGUGGGGACCAUGGCUUCGCUGAUGCCCCUCUCCCCAUAUUUAAGCCCUACGGUCCUCCUGCCGGUCAGUUGUGACCUGGGCUUUGUGCGAGCAGACCGGCCUCCCUCUCCUGUGAAUGUGACAGUCACUCAGCUCAGAGCCAACUCGGCCACUGUGUCCUGGGACGUCCCAGAAGGCAACAUCGUCAUUGGCUACUCCAUUUCCCAGCAACGACAGAGGCCUGAGCAGCGUGUGAUCCGGGAGGUGAACACCACCACGCGGGCCUGUGCCCUCUGGGGACUGGCUGAAGACAGUGACUACACGAUGCAGGUUCAGAGCAUCGGCCUUCGGGGAGAGAGCCCCCCCGGGCCUCGGGUGCAAUGAACUCUCAAGGGUUCUGACCGGCUACCCUCCAACAGCUCAAGCCCAGGUGACAUCACAGUGGAGGGUCUGAAGGGAGAGCGACCAUUGCAGACAGGGGAAGUGGUUAUCAUUGUGGUGGUGUUGCUCAUGUGGGCCGCUGUAAUUGGGCUCUUCUACCGUCAGUAUGAUAUCAUCAAGGACAACGACUCCAACAACAACCCCAAGGAGAAGGGGAAGGGGCCGGAACAGAGUCCUCAGGGAAGGCCAGUGGGGACGAGACAGAAAAAGUCACCAUCCAUCAACACCAUGGAUGUAUGAGUGAAGAAACGGAACUC